GUGGAAGGAGGAGGACCCUGUGCUAGGUGAUUUCAGGGCUUGUGGGCGUGGCCGAGAUUUCAGUAUUCCAGUUUGCAGAUCCAUUACCAUCUCACACUCACCUGAUAUGCACUUCUAGUCUUUCAGGAUGUCUGCUGGGUUGUUUGGGAAGCUGAGGGAUCUGCUGUGUUCUCUACUGUCGGGAUGCUCCAUCCUUCAUCUGCUGGGAGUGUGUGUUCUCACACUCGGUGGGGUUGUGAUGGUACACCUGGUACAGGUAAUGUGGGGGCGCAGAAGGCUCAGCUGCUUUGCCCGGCCUCCCCAGCGUAACUGGCUCUUCGGACACAUGGGCCUGAUAAAUGCAGAUGAAACAGGUUUGCAGGUGAUGGAUGAGCUGGUGAGGAAGUAUCGUCACUCCUUUGCUUCGUUUCUGGGUCCUUUUUGUAACCUUGUCCGCCUGUUUCAUCCUGACUACAUUAAACCUCUGUUGCUUGCCUCAGCGUCCAUCACAUUUAAAGAUGAGCUGUUCUAUGGGUUUAUGAGACCGUGGCUUGGGCAAGGACUCCUUCUGAGUAAUGGAAAGCAGUGGUUUCGACAGCGCCGUCUCCUGACCCCAGCUUUCCACUUCGACAUCCUCAAAAACUAUGUUAAAAUAUUUAACCAGUCUGCCAAUAUAAUGCAUGAGAAAUGGCGCCGCCUGCUGGCAGAAGGGAAAGAUGAGCUGGACAUGUUUGAACGUGUGACCUUGAUGACCCUGGACAGUCUGCUGAAAUGUACCUUCAGCUACGACAGCCAGUGUCAGGAAAAUUCCAGUGAAUAUAUUACAGCCAUCUUUGAGCUGAGUGAGCUGGUGGUGGCCAGGCACCGCUGCUUCCCUCAUCACUGGGACUGGGUUUAUAAACGCACUGCAGAGGGACAGCGUUUCUACAGAGCCUGCAAGAUCGUCCACGACUUCUCUACUGCCAUCAUAGAAGAGCGUCGCUCUCAGCUGCUCAAAAACGAAACUCCAGAGAACAGCACAGAGAACAGCACAGAGAACAGCACAGCCAGCGGCAAUAAAAAAACAGUAGACUUUAUAGAUGUUCUGCUUCUAUCAAAGGAUGAGAAUGGAGAAGGCCUGUCCAAUGAAGAGAUCAAAGCACAAGCAGAUACAUUCAUGUUUGCAGGUCAUGAUACGACAGCGAGUGCACUCUCCUGGCUGUUUUAUAAUCUGGCCACGCAUCAGGAAGACCAGGAACGCUGCCGUUCUGAGAUUAACGAUCUACUUAACGGCCGAGACACGGAGGAAGUGACGUGGGAUGACCUGAGUAAUCUCCCCUUCAGUACGAUGUGCAUUAAGGAGAGUCUGAGGCUCUACCCUCCCGUCACCGCCUUAACACGAAAAUACUCGCAGGAUAUGAGCGUUCCUGGGGGAUGCACUAUACCACAGGGAAAUAUCUGUCUGAUCAGUGUCUAUGGUACUCAUCGUAAUCCUGAGAUCUGGCCUAAUCCACAUGUGUUUGAUCCGAUGCGUUUUGAUCCUGAAAACUCAAAGCAGCGUUCCUCCUACGCUUUUGUUCCGUUUUCUGCAGGACCGAGGAACUGUAUUGGUCAGAGUUUUGCUCUGGCGGAGCUGAGGGUGGUUCUGGCGUUGACUCUGAGAAGAUUCAGGAUUCUUCCGGGAUCCAGACGCCCCAAACGUCUUUAUAAACUUAUCAUGAGAACAGAGGACGGGCUGCCCCUAAAACUGGAACCCUUAACAGUAUUUCAGUAGAGAAACUAAGACUGUAGACUGUGUGUGUGUUCAGAAUGAAUCCUUAUUUAUCAAGAUGAUUCAACACAGGAGCGCCACUGACUGAUUAAAACCCUGACAACAGUCAACAGUCAGCCGCCCAGUCCUGUAUUAGCCAUGCAGGAGCAUCGUGCACGUACAUCCCCGCUCAUUACACACACAAUAAACAGAAAAAAGAAUAAAAUAACAUUACUGUUGCGUUAAAUGAGCUGCUGGUGUAUCUUUACAGUGUGAACACGCAGGUCAGUAUCUAUCUCUGCUGAGAUUGAGCACAAAAGCUCUGCGCUGUUAAGAUACAAACGCACCAAAGUCCGAGCUCACCUGCCUCUUAUAGGGAAUGAUAACUGAUACACUGAUUGGUUUAUUUUACAUUAUGCCUAAAAUUAACCACACCCAUGAUUAAUUAAGAUAAUUAGUCAGUACAAUUUUGAAAUUAAGAAUCAUGUUGAAUAAAAAUAGUUAAAUUGACAGUUUCAGGCAUCAUUAGUUUCAGAAUAAAAAGACAAAGUUACUAGUGUUAUAUUUAUAUCCAGAUUUAUGGAAACCUGAUGAUAGUGAAGUGUUAAUUUGUAGCUCGUUAUGACACACUAUACAUUUGGGCACAUAUUGGUACUGAUACGAUACUGCGAAUUUUGUACCGAUACUUAAACAAUACAUAAAGUCUAACCAAAAAAUACCAAAAAAAUACAACAUUAGUAGUAAAUAUAUAUAAAAGUUUAUUAAGAAAAAAUCAGUGCUUGUGCUUAAACUAAUUUUUUUUCCUACGCAUAUUACCUUAUGCAGUAUUUACACAGUUAUAAGAGUUCUUAAAAAAAAAAAAAAAAAAUAUAU